UGCGCACACCCCGUUGUCAGCCAUGUUGUUUGUAUGACAGCGCACAGCAACAGGUUGUCAAAGAUUCUCAAUUAAACAGUACAUAAAAUCUUUAAAGAAACACUGAAGGCCGAUUAUCGUCACCCUAAUACAGAGGACAAUGGAAAAGGAUAUGUUUUCCUCCCAGGAGAUUUCGCAAAGUCAGUAAUGCUGUUGUGUAAUAUGACUGAGCUAGCCAGCUGAGACGAGGAGAUCAGGACUGCUCUCCUCAUAUCCCUGCCACCUGCAGCCAUGAAUGGUGGUCGGAGUAUUUGGGCUAUAACCCCAGAGGAGAGGGACAAACAUGAUCAGAAGUUUGACACCCUCUCGCCAGUGCAGGGCUUCGUUACAGGGGAGAAGGCACGAAACUUCUUCAUUCAAUCUGGGCUUCCUCAGUCUGUGCUAGCUGAGAUCUGGACUCUGGCUGAUAUGAAUAAAGAUGGUAGGAUGGACCGGCUGGAGUUUUCUAUAGCCAUGAAACUGAUCAAGAUGAAACUGCAGGGACAGACUCUUCCUACAGCUCUGCCUAUCAUCAUGAAGCAGCCACCUGUGCCAGCUCCAACCAUGCCAGUAACACCUCUCGGAAUGGGAACUAUGCCAAAUGCAUCCAUGAUGCCCAACGUGCCCAUUCUGACCCCUAUACCAAUGACCACUAUGAGCCCCAUGCCAGGCAUGGCUCCCAUGAUGGGCACAGGUCUGUCGAUGCCAGUGAUUCCCACCAUUCCCACCAUCAGCACUCCAGCCCUGCCUAACGGACCUAUUGCCAUUCUACAUCCGACCUCCAUCUCACUCACCUCCACUCUCCCGAUGUCAAGUUCAUUUUCCUCUUCACCACUGGGCUUCUCCGCCACUCCAAUGAACAAGACUCCAUCUUUGCUGGACCUGGGCUCGAGCAGCUCAAACUCUUCCCCCUCCUUAUCUUUGGCCAGCAACUCUCCUAAGGGCGGCCCUUCUGAUUGGGCCGUCCCACAGGCAUCACGGCUCAAAUACAGACAGCAGUUUAACAGCCUGGACAAGCAAAUGAUCGGUUAUCUAACAGGUCCUCAAGUUAGAACUGCAAUGGCUACAACUUUGCUAACUCAGACUCAGCUAGCUGCCAUCUGGAAUCUGGCUGAUGUUGAUAAAGAUGGCAAACUGAAGGCUGAUGAGUUUAUUCUUGCCAUGCAUCUGGUAGACAUGGCAAAAAUGGGACAGGCGCUGCCUAUGGCACUUCCUUCAGAUUUGGUACCCCCGUCACUGAGGGGGAAGCUAGGUGACUCUCUGAAUGGAACCACUCCCUCGAUUUACGCAACUCUGGCUGAGGACCUCUAUGAAUCUGAGCCUCCACAGAAAUCAAGGAACAAUUUGACUUUUGAAGAUAAGUUCAAGAAAAAUAUGGAGAUGGGAAAUGCUGAGCUGGAGAAGCGCCGACUGGCCCUGCUGGAGCAGCAACGCAGGGAGGAGGAGAGGAGGGCACAGAAGGCCAGAGAGGAGCAAGAGAGGAGAGAGAGGGAGGCACGAGAGCUGGAGCUGAAGAGGAAGAGGGAAGAGGAGCUCAGACUGGAGCGACAGAGAGAGUUGGAGAGACAGAGGGAGGAGGAGAGACUCAGAGAGCUGGAGCGGAAGGAGGCAGCCAAGAAGGAGCUGGAGCGUCAACGACAGAUUGAGUGGGAGAAGAGGAGAAAACAAGAGCUCCAAAACCAGAAGAGCGAGGAGCAGGAGGACAUCAUCAAGCUCCGAGCCAAGAAAAGGAGUCUGGAGAUGGAGCUGGAGGCUGUGGGAAACAAGCAGAAACAAAUCUCUGACAAGCUCCGAGAUGCUCAAGGCAAAAAGAGAAUCCAUAAAAAUGAGCUGGAAAUGAUCAACCAGAAAAGAGACUCCUGCAUCACUGAUAUCAACACUCUGCAGAAACAGUUAGAGGAAUUUAAGAGAAAGUUGGCACAGUCCACCACAGAACAGAUACAACUCAGUGACAGACUCCGCAGCCUGAGUCUCAACAACCUCCCUACUGCAACAGUAAAUAUUUUACAGAGGAAUAUGGAAGAGAAGGAUCUUACCUGUCGAAAGCUUAAAGAACAGCUAAAUACUUUGGAGAAAGAGACUGCAGUAAAAUUAGCAGACAUGGAUCAGUAUAAGAAAGAAAUCCAGGAUCUCCGAGAGAGCCAGAGGAUCCAAGAGUCUGCUUUGGAAAAACUUCGCAAUAUUAAGGAAGAAAAGAUUCGAGAGCUAAAGAAACGCAAGCAGGAGGAACUGGAAAAGAAGAGGAGAGAAGAGGAAGAGCAGAAACGCAUCAAACUGGAGAAGGAGCGGCAGUGGCAGGAGAAACUGAGGCGUGAUGAAGAGGAGAAACAGAGGAAAAUACAGGAGGAGAGAGACGCCAAACUUCGUGAGGAGGAGGAGAGGGAGAGACAAGCUCGUUUACAGGCUGCUAAAGAACAAGCGGAACGAGAGCGCAAGGCCCGGGAGGAGGAGGAUGAAAGGAGAGAACAAGAGAGACGGAGAUUUGAGGAGAAAAGGAGGCAGGAGGAAGAGGAGGACCGCAGGCGGCGAGAAGAAGAAAGGAGGAAGCUGGAGGAGGAGAGGAGAAAACUGGAGGAAGAAAGAAAAAAACUGGAGGAGGAGAGAAGGCGGCAGGAAGAGUUGAGAUUAGAGGAGGAGGAGAGGAAGCGCGAGGAGCGGAAAAGGGCAGAGGAGGAGCGGAAGUUGAAAGAGGAGGAGAGAAGAGAAGAGGAAAGAAGAAGGGAACGUGAGGAGGAGGAGAGGAGGCGACAUCGUGCGCAGGAGGCUGCCUUGAGAGAUGCAGAGGAGAGGAAGAGAAAAGAGGAAGACCGGAAAAGGCAGGAAGAGGAGGACAGGAGGCGUCGGGAGGAGGAGCAAAAGAAACAGGAUGAGGAGAGGAAGAGGAAACAGCAGGAGGAAGAGGCCGCAGCUGUGAGGCUGAGAGACGAAGAACAGAACAAGAAGACCACUCUCAAAUCAGACAUUGUUGCUGCUCUUUUGCGUGGCCUGGAGGAGAGGAAGGGCAGCAAACAUCCUCUUGGCACACAGCACAGAAGAUCAGCAGCAUUGACGACAUUUAAAGCCCUCUACCCCUUCACUGCCAGAAACGAUGAUGAGCUCUCCUUUGAAAGCGAUGACCUAAUUGAGGUGGACGAGAGCUUAGAGCGAGAGCAGGGCUGGCUGUACGGCAGUCGACAAGGGAAGAUGGGCUGGUUCCCUGAGAGCUAUGUGGAGAAGCAGGUCAAAUCUGAGGCUCCGGCUGUGGCCAAACAAGCCCUGAAACCACAGGUCUCCAUUUCUGUCAGUAAACUGAGUGACGGACAGAGUGGAUCUCGGCUGAACUCUGCUUUCACCCCAACCCAUGCCACAGGCUCUUCCUCUUCCAACCAUGGUCAGGUGGUGGUGAAUGUGCAAGCUCAGGCUCUCUGCUCUUGGACUGCAAAGACGGACAACCAUCUCAACUUCUCCAAAAAUGAUGUGAUCACAGUUCUGGAGCAGCAGGAGAACUGGUGGCUGGGAGAACUCAGUGGGGUUAAGGGGUGGUUCCCCAAAACCUACGUUACAGUGCUGAGCGGCAGUGAUGCACAAGCAGAUUCCACUGAUGGAUCAGAUUCAGCAGAUGGAUCCAACUAUGAAGAAUACGUGGCGCUGUACACUUACGAGAGCCCUGAACGUGGAGACUUGACCUUCACUGAGGGAGACACCAUCCUGGUAUCAGAGAGAGAAGGGGAGUGGUGGAGAGGCAGCAUCGGAGACAGAUCAGGAGUCUUCCCCUCCAAUUACGUCAAGCCAAAGGAGACUGAUACUUCAAGCCUCUCUGGUAAACCUGGAAUGCUGGCGAAGAAACCAGAAGUGGCCCAGGUGACCACUGCACACACUGCUGCCGGAGCAGAGCAGUUAAAUCUUUCUCCUGGCCAGCUCAUCCUCAUCCUCACCAAGAACCCCUCCGGCUGGUGGCUCGGGGAACUGCAGGCCAGGGGGAAGAAGCGUCAGAAGGGCUGGUUCCCUGCUUCGCAUGUCAAGCUCCUGGGCUCAAACAGUGGCAAAUCCACACCUGCAUCUGCUGCUAUCGGCCAAGUCAUCGCCAUAUACGACUACACCGCAGCGAACGAGGACGAGCUAAGCUUCUCGAAGUGUCAAAUCAUCAAUGUGCUGGACAAAAGCGAUCCUGACUGGUGGAAAGGAGAACUCAAUGGGGUCACAGGCUUGAUUCCUACCAACUAUGUGAAAUUGACCACCUCAGAUUCUGACCCCAGUCAGCAGUGGUGUGCUGACCAGACCACUUGGGAGUCAAUGAGCCAGCAGGAGAGGAAACGGCAAGGUUACAUCCAUGAGCUCAUUGAAACUGAGGAGAAAUACAUAGAAGACCUACAGCUGGUCCUAGAGGUCUUCUACAAGCCCAUGUCUGAAUCAGGCCGUCUCACUGAGGCUGAAAUGAACAUGAUAUUUGUCAACUGGAGGGAGCUUAUCCAGUGCAGCUCCAAGAUGCACAAGGCCCUGAAGACGAGGAAAAAUAGUGGAGGAGACAAAAUGCCUGUUCACAUGAUCGGGGACAUCCUGUCAUCUGAGCUGUCACACAUGCAGGCUUACAUCCGCUUCUGCAGCUGCCAGCUGAACGGUGCCGCGCUGCUGCAACAGAGAACCGACCAGGAGCCGGACUUCAAAACUUUCCUUAAGAAAAUUGCAACAGACUACCGUUGUAAAGGAAUGCCUUUGUCCAGCUUUUUACUCAAACCUAUGCAACGAAUCACUCGCUACCCUCUCCAUAUUAAAAAUAUGUUGGAAAGUACUCCAGAGACUCAUGUGGACUAUAUUCAGCUGCUAGAGGCUUUGGAGAAGGCAGAGCUGUUGUGCUCUCAGGUGAACGAGGGCGUCAGGGAGAAGGAGAACUCCGACAGGCUGGAGUGGAUCCAGUCACAUGUGCAGUGUGAAGGCAUCAUAGAGAAUCUGACCUUCAACUCUCUAACCAACUGCCUGGGUCCUCGUAAAUUGCUGCACAGCGGGAAGGUGUUUAAGACCAAGAGCAAUAAGGAGUUAUACGCCUUUCUGUUCAAUGACUUUCUGCUGUUUACUCAAGCUGUCAGGCAGUUCACAUCCUCAGGAACGGACAAGCUCUUCAGCCCCAAAUCCAACACUCAGUACAAGAUGUAUAAGAUGCCUGUGUUUCUCAAUGAAGUUCUGGUGAAGCUUCCGUCAGAUCCGUCCAGUGAUGAGCCCGUCUUCCACAUUUCCCACAUAGAUCGUGUGUACACACUGAAGACCGAGAACAUUAACGAGAGGACUGCAUGGGUUCAGAAGAUCAAAACGGCAUCAGAAGGAUUCCUUGAGACGGAGAAGAAAAAACGGGAAAAGGCUUAUCAGUCUCGAUCAAUGAAGGCAAGUGGAAUUGGUCGCCUGCUUGUCACUGUCUUGGAGGCAACAGAGCUAAAAUCCUCCAAACCAAAUGGAAAGAGUAAUUCAUAUUGUGAAGUGACCAUGGGUUCUCAGGGCUUCACUUCCCGGACCAUUAAUGACACUCCCAACCCCAAGUGGAACUUCAAUUGUCAGUUUCACAUUAAAGAUCUGUAUCAAGAUGUCCUUUGCAUUACGAUAUAUGAGAGGGAGCAAUUUUUACCAGAUGACUUCUUAGGUCGCACUGAAGUACCUGUAGCCACUAUUAAGAAAGAGCUUGAGAAUAAAGGUCCGUCCACCAGGAGGCUGCUUCUUCACGAAGUUCCCACUGGAGAGGUUUGGGUUCGGCUUGACCUGCAGCUGUUUGAACACAAAGCCCCCAAAUGACCAGAGAAAAUAACCCUUCAAAAUGGCAUUUCAAGCACAGUGUCUCACUACUAACUCGAGAUCUUCAAGUCUUUUGCCUUAAGAUGCUCUCUACUUCUGUGGAAAAUACUAAUGAAUAUGUUAUGAUGGGGAAGACAAGUUAGCCUUCAAAACUUUGCCAAGUUUAGCUUUUUAUCAAGUGACAGGAAUGAAAAGGAAAAUUUGGGGAUUUUUGUUUAUUUGUUUGUUUUAUUGCCUAAAUAAUUACCACUGGAUGCAGAGAUAUCUCAGGACCUAUAUUUUGCUUCAAAUAUACUGUCUUUUAUUGCUGUAUUGAAAGCUAUAUUUGUUAUAAUCGUAUUUUGCCUAGAUCUGAAGUUAAUGAGAACUUUUUUAACUUGAAUUUUCUCAUCAGAAACGCUUAACCAGGUGGUGUUGUUUUAAUUCAUUAUCUGUCUAUCUUACCUGCCAAUUCUUCCAUUUAACUUCACCGUUAUAUAAUUCAUUUGCACCAGAAAAUUGAUCCUCUUCUAAGUCUUAUAAAAGCUUAUCUGUCUGUGUAACAAGAAAGGAACUUAUUUUGCAGAGCUUACUAGUUUUUAAUUUACGAAGGUACAAAUGAGGUGAUUAACAAGGGAUGAUCGGUUAAAGUUCUAAUAACUUUUGAUUUUUGUGUGCUUGACUGAGUUUUAUUUAUGUUAAUUUAUGCGUCUUGGACUAUCUGCACAUUUUACGCUGCCCAGUUUAUCUGGAUUGCCAUAAAGCAUUCAGAUAUGGUCUUAAUAUUGUAUAUUUUUGCUGAGUUGAAGUAGUAUGAAUGUUCAUUAAAGAGACUGAGUCACUGAGUUUGUCUUUUAGGUUUAAAUAUACAUGUAAUAAAGUUUUUUUUUUGAAUAUUC